AGAUUUUUGUAAGCAUUAUCGCAAUUUUUAUACCGCUGCUCAACGGUACAAACGGCUGUAAUUAAAAAACAACCGACAUAUUAAAUUCCUAGUUAAUUCACAAUUCUUGUCAGAUUUUUAACGAUCCUAAGGGAGUCGAAUGAAGUAAACUUCCUCCGAAGCGAGAAACAAAUACCCAAAUGACGUCUUGAUAUUUUGAUAUAGAUAAUAUUAAACAUUUUUGACUACUUAUUUUCUACUACUUUCUUAACUCUCUACGUUUUUAAUAUAUUUUGUGCACGUAAACACUUUUUUGUUUGGCGGGCUAUACAGUGGUUUUAGCUCAUAUUAUUUAAAAUAUUUACAGUCUGGAAGAUGUCUAAUUGCAUUAUAAAGGAAGUAAACGGAGAUUUAUUCUCAGCUGAAAGCUCAUUUUCUAUGGCACAUUGUGUGGCUGAAGAUAUGCGCUUAGGAAAAGGCAUUGCUAUAAAGUUUCGUGAUAAAUUUGGUCAAAUUGCAAAUCUAAAAGCGCAAAAUGUUAAAACUGGUGGAGUAGCAUUGGUGAAAGAUAAAUCCAGAUACAUAUAUUAUCUAGUUACAAAGCAAACUAGCUGGGGUAAACCAACUUACCAAUCGUUGCAUAGUUCGUUGAAUGCUAUGCGGGACCAUAUGUUACAACAUAAUGUUAAUAAACUUGCCAUACCACGUAUUGGAUGCGGCCUGGACGGUUUAAUGUGGUCCAAAGUUAAUGAUUUAUUACAUGAAAUCUUUGCUAAAGAUUCUAUUGAAAUAAUUGUAUACAAUUAUGUGCCAACUAAAUGAUUGCAAAAUAAAUUCAAGCAAUUAAUCUAA